AUGACGACGCUGGAGGACGGGCAGCUGGGGCCUGACCCCGGGGCGCUGAGCUCCGAGCAGCUGGAGAAGCUGCGUGAGUACAAGAUCCAGACGCGGAUUGCUAACGAGAAGUACCUGAGAUCCCACAAAGAGGUGGAGCUGCUGCUCAGUGGUUUCUUCCGAGAAAUGUUUCUGCAAAGGCCAGAAAACAUCCGGGAAUUCGCUGCAGACUAUUUCACGGACCCAACACUCCCCGACAAGAUUCACACGCAGCUAAUUAAGGAGAAGAAAGGGGCUUAA